AUGUCGCAAAUCCACGCCAUGUCCGACGACCAGGUCGCCUCGGAGCUGCGCAAGAUGACUGCCUUCAUCCGUCAAGAAGCCCUGGAAAAGGCCCGCGAGAUCCACCUCAAGGCCGACGAGGAGUUUGCCAUUGAAAAGUCUCAGCUCGUGCGCAACGAGACCCACUCCAUCGACACCCAGUACGAGAAGAAGUUCAAGCAGGCCGCCAUGUCCCAACAAAUCACAAAGUCCACCCUGUCCAACAAGACCAGACUGCGCCUUCUGAGCGCCCGCCAGGAGUUGCUCGACGACCUGUUUGAGCAGGCCAACAACAAGCUCGCCGACAUCACCACCGACGACGCCAAGUACCAGGACAUUCUCAAGAACCUCAUCCUCGAGGGUCUCUACGCCUUGAACGAAGCAAAGAUUUCCGUCCGCUGCAGGUCAAAGGAUGACGAUGUUGUUCGUAAGGCUGCCGACGCUGCCCAAGCAGAGUACAAGGAGAAGAUGAACGGUCGCGAGACUGAAAUCAAGAUUGACGACAAGGACAAGCUGCCUGAAGAAACGUGUGUUCUAUCACAUCCACAAGAAUACUGUCCGCUAACCCACUCGCAGANNUCCGGCGGUGUCACCAUUGUCAACUCGACCGGCAGAAUCGACAUCAACAACACCUUCGAGGAGCGUCUUCGUCUGCUCCAAUCCGAGGCUCUCCCCAGCGUGCGAGCCACUCUUUUCGGCGAGAACAAGAACAGAAAGUUCAAGGAUUGA